GAAUGCAGCAGGGUAAUUUCAAGAGCUCAUUGCACCAGAAUGUCAUCCAUUUGCAAAGGCUGGGAAAUCAUCUGCUGAACCAGCGCACCUCAUCAUCACCAGUGCAAAAAUGCAGAGGUGUCUGACAGCACCACUUCCCAACGACAUAGCUGAGCCCAACUGAGUGUGACAGGAUCUCACAGUGCUGCUGGCCUGCAAGGAGCUGUUGAUUUUAAUCCUUUUUUCCUUCAGUUUUCCAAGCCUGAUUUUUCCCAGGAGGAAUCCCUGUUUAACUGUGUCAUCCAGUGGUGUGAAGGAACCUAAUCCUGUGGCGGUAAUGCCAGAUGGUGACUAGUAAUAUUUGUGUGCACAUGCCAGCUCUGUUCUCAUCUCUGUCUUAUCUCUGGCAGGUCUCAUCGCUGCUUUCUGCUCGGUAAGUUGCGGCAUUUACUGCAGCCUCUUUAUCUGCCACAUAAACGAAGGAUGUUGGGUGUCUCCAGCACAUGUGCCAUUGUUCAGAGCAGGUAUAGUGGAAAGACAAUUAGCAUGGCAGAUUUAAGGCAGGUAUUGCCCACAAGGCAGUUAUCAUGCCUACCUCAUUACCGGUCUCAUGUUUAGUCUUUGUGCCAGACUCCCCUUGAGCCUAGCUGCCUGGGAAGGACAGGAGCUAUUUCUCUGACUAUUAGUCUAUCAGUCAUCAGCAGCAGUGGAAGGAAGCCCGAGUGAACCAGUUCCUCCAGCUGCUCUGAUUUUCCUGGUAUUCUUGCUGCCAUAACCAGCAAGGAAGGGACUGUUGUUCCCUGGGCCUUUUGUUGCUCAGUGACAGCCUCCUUAUGGGCCCUAUAGCCCUUGGCUAGAUGUUCCUUCCUCCUCGUGUCUUUCUGGCAACCAUUUAAUAAGCAAACCCUCCAGUGGUGCUCUUCCCAGCAGGCCCAUGGUGUGGCUAUUUGAAUUCUGCCUUUUUAACUAGGUUUGUUUUCUUCCUCCUCCAGGCAAUUGAUAAUGCCUAUGGGAGGGCUCUCACCUCUUCCUGCUGCCUUAGAUGUCCAAGUACCACUUCCCCUGCUUGCUCAGACAACUGGCAGUCUAUUUGCUAUUUGUUUUCGGUCUCCCUGGAACAAGCCUGGUCUUUUAUUUUGUAGCUUUAUUCUGCUCUGCCAGCAGCCCUGGAUCUCCCUUGCCAAAGCAAGAGGGAAGAGUUGAGCUCCACGCACUGAGAUGCGACUGGCGUUGAUGUGAGAUGGGAAGCAGGCUCAGAUUUGGCCACAUGGCCCAGAUGUUUUUGUUGUGAUUUCUUUAUUUGUUUGCUACUAUUCCUGAUGCUUUGCUCUGGAGGAUCUCAGCUUUUGCCAUAAACAAAUCAAAAUAAAAAAAAAGAAAAAGGAAACAGGAGGUGUUGGAGGAUGCAGUGACAUUUGGAAAUGUGCGCAAAGCAAUGUGGUGAUGAAAGCUCGAAACAGCAGCUUGGAGGCAGAUCGAGGAUCUCCCUCUUGGCUGUCAGUCACCUUCUUCAGCUGCUUCCCCAGGCGGGCUCAUAGCACUCUCGGCUCGCUCCCUUCGCACUUUUCCUCUGCAACUGCUAAGUGAAUGCUAUGUGGCAUUGCAAUAAUAACCAACAUCUGAGGAUUUCACAUGGCUCUGGGAGUUGGGCUACAGAGCUGGACCAUGGUGGGUUUAAAUUUUUGGAAGAGCAACCAAAUUGGAGGAGCUCUGCAAAUCCUGCACAGUCCUAGGCUGAGCAUUUGCACACUAUACAUCGAGGUGGUGACUCAGGUUUGCAUCUCAGUUAGGUGGAGCUGGGGAAAGUAUCAUCAAUUUAAACCUUGCACAGAAACAUGGUUUAAGAGCUCCCUGCCUGCUGUUCAAUCUCUUUAAUGAACAUAAGCAUAGAUCAGAGUGAGGCGCAAGCUGAAAAAUUCAGAUCCCAAUCCAAAACGUGAAUGUGCCAGCAUUUGGGUGUGUAGGUCUGGAGAUGGAGCCUGACUCACUUGUAAACAGGGACACUUGGCAAAACAUGGAUCAAGGUUCAAAUUCCUGCCCUCCUCCAAAAUUAAACAAAGAUUGAAGAAAUUCUGGGAACUCAGUGUUUUGGUUCAGGGCCAUCUACAAGGGGUGAAGUAUGUGCUUAAGUGCUUUGUUGAAUAGGAAGAGACUUGAGCAUGUGCUUAAUGUUAUUAAGUGCUUAGCUGUUUUUUGUUGAAUCAGGGCUUCUGGCUUUUAAAGUCAAUACUAACCCCUUAGGCUGCAUCUGAAAGGAUUUGGAAAAGCAGUGGCAUCCAGAUACUGCUGGAUGUUUGACUGCUCUGCAUUCCUGCUUUGAAGGCUUGUUCCUCUAAACCUGCUCUCAUUGAUAUUCCAAAUCAACUAAAUGACUUGUCCCUGUCUACCAGGUGAUUAUGAAGCAUGGGGAGUUAUGGACAUUUAACACAUACCCUGGCACAACUCCUGGAGAGGUUUAGCUGUCCUGCAGUUUCCAUCAGUGAUCUUAAGGCAGCAUGGCAAUACCGGGAUGUCAAAGUGUGAUGCUGUUUUGCUGGCCCAACUGAAGAGGCACACUGCAGGCCUUCUGAUGUCCUUUUUUUGGCAGCUGCUGUGCUGCUCCUUGUAACUAGCUUCUCCUUGCUGCAAGAGCCCCUGAAGCCAGUUUGAUUAAAAGGAGAGGGUGAUCAUGAGCUGACUCCCUGCAGAUGAUGAGGGUUAGGGAGUGAUCACAGGAACACAGCUGCCUGAUCUGUCACCAACAGCAGGGAACAGAGAGUUGCUGCAGGCAGCGAACUUUUCAGCCAGUAAAGAUGCUGCUGGGAAGGAGGAGGUGUCCCUGGAAGUUUGCAACAAGAGGAUGGAUAUUAACCUCAUCCCCUGAAAUAGCAGUUUGGUUUCACAAGAGCUGGAAAUGGUAAGUAGCGCUUGAGAGUGAUGAGACUCCAGAAAGAAGUGGGGAAAAUAGCAACUUUUCCUGCUUUACAGGUGAAAGAUUGGCUGAGACCAGGAUGAAAAUAGAUGGAAACCUUAUGCACAGAUGAAAAGCUUGAAAUGAAAUACAUUAUGCAUGAGACUAGCAGUUGGAAUCUGAGAGCCACUUGGAGGCUUGCAGAUGCCUGGGUUGAUAGGAAAUGUGUUCUUCCAGGACAAAGCCUUCAUUAAAGGAGGUCUUCAUUAAAGAAGAUUAAAAAGUGAUAUUUCCUCUUUAGCCAACAUUGAUAAGAGGCUCAAUACUCAAAAAAAUUAUGCGACAAUGAAAACAACAGAGAUUCAGGUACCAUUGCAGAACUGCUUGAGGAGGAGGGAUGCUGGCCUAUUAAAUCAGUUACAAGAGCUAGAUAAGCAAAUAAGUGAUCUCCGCCUGGAUGUGGAAAAAACGACAGAUGAACACCUUGAGACAGACAGUCGUCCAAGUUCAGGGUUUUAUGAGCUGAGUGAUGGAGCUUCUGGAUCUCUCUCCAAUUCAUCUAACUCUGUCUUCAGUGAGUGUUUAUCCAGUUGCCAUUCUAGCACUUGCUUUUGCAGCCCUUUGGAGGCAACACUGAAUAUCUCAGAUGGACGCCCUAAAUCUGCAGAUCUCAUAGGCUGGAUGGACUAUAAUAAGGAAGGCCAGAAUGAGGACCAGCCUGCAGGCUCUGUCUGUCGCUCUUUGUCCACACCGCACUCAAAUUCCCUCGAUGUCGUUGCAGAUGUGCAUCCAAAGUACCAGUGUGAUCUGGUGUCUAAAAACGGGAAUGAUGUCUACCGGUACCCCAGCCCUCUCCAUGCGGUAGCUGUGCAGAGUCCCAUGUUUCUUCUCCCUGUGACUGAAAAUCCCCAGCGAGAAGAGGAGAGGUUUGGUUGUGAUAUUAGCGACGUUUGUGUCGGAUCUGAAACAGACUCGGGAAAAUCCGCCAAUGCCUUUCUCCCACAGAGCUCCUGGCCAGUGCCAUGCCCUUCCGCGAGCAAGAGGAUAGACGGUUACAUCUUAAGCCUGGUUCAGAAAAAGACUCACGCGGUAAGGACUAACAAACCCAGGACAAGUCUCAAUGCUGAUCCCACCAAAGGGAUCUUGAGGCAUGGAAGCAUGUGUGUCAGGCAGUCUGCAGGGCUGGUGGCUCAUGGUAACAUCAUGAACCUGAAGAGCUCCAAGCAAGCAGGCUUGUCUUCUGGUGGCAGCACUGCCGCGGAACACACAGCACCUUCCCCGUUAAAGCAGAGGCCGAGAGAGCCAGCUGGCGAGCAGCUGGAGACUAGGAAAGCACCUUUGCCAUCAUCAUUCCUGCCUGGUACAACAAGUGAACUUCAGAGCAAGCACCUACCACGGGGCGUGAAACCGGCACCUCCAGAGCACAACCGCAACACAGUGGCCCCAGUGGGGGAUGUCGCUAAGGAGAACGGCCAAGUCUUUGCAGUGUCUCCCAAAGAGAGCCCAGGGAAGCCUGUGGCGCUGCAGCCAGAGAACAGGGUCAGCCAGCCUCCCAAAAAAGUCCUGCUGAAGAGCAGCUUGCAGGCGGCUCGCUCCUCAUCACCUGCUGUUGAGGAGAGGCCCGCGUUGGAUUUCAAAAGUGAGGGCUCUUCCUCCCAGAGCCUGGAUGAUGGGUUGCUGGUGAACGCCCAGUACAUUCCGGCCCAGCAGCAAAGCAUGAAGCUUCACAAAGGCACCCGAAAUGUCAAGAUUUUGAAAAGCUCCAUGCUGAAACACAGGCCCCACCUUGCCAAUGGGCUGGAAAAUGGUUCUCAGACCUUGCGGGAGAAAACCAAGCCAGUGGGCAAGAAGUGCCGCUUUCCUGAGGAGUUGGAUACAAAUAAGAAACUGAAAAAGCCCUCCUCGCGGGGGAAGAGAGGCGGUGGCUUGCAGCUGGAGUCAGGCCUCCAGAGUCGGCAGGCUGGUCUGCACAGAUCUGCCGUCCGCUCCCACGGGCAUGGCCGAGAGGUUGUGGUGGCCAAGCCUAAACACAAGCGGGCUGACUACCGCCGGUGGAAGUCAUCAGCAGAGAUUUCCUAUGAGGAGGCCCUACGGAGGGCGAGGAGGAACCGUCGGGAUGGUGUGGGGGUCUACUCACAAGUCCCCCUGCCCUACGUCAGCCCAUACGCCUAUGUGGCCAGCGACUCAGAGUACUCAGCGGAGUGCGAGUCCUUGUUCCACUCCACCGUAGUGGACACGAGCGAGGAUGAGCAGAGCAACUACACAACAAACUGCUUUGGAGACAGUGAGUCAAGCCUGAGUGAGGUGGAGUUUGUAGGGGAAAGCACGACCACCAGCGACUCUGAUGAGAGCGGGGGCCUCAUUUGGUCUCAGUUUGUCCAGACACUCCCCAUCCAAACAGUCACGGCGCCAGAGCUGCAUGAAAAUGCAGCAAAGGCCUUUGUUAAAAUCAAAGCCUCACAUAACCUCAAGAAGAAAAUCCUCCGCUUUCGGUCGGGCUCACUGAAGCUUAUGACAACUGUCUAGUGAGGUGACUUGGUGGAAUGUAUCUGCUUCUGCUUUCUGAAGCAAGGUGCUUUUGUGUAUAUAUUUCCACAGAUUUUUUUCUUUUUUUUUUUAUAUACAAAUAUUUAAAACUUAAGGUAAAUUAUGUCGCUUGUCUUCAGAACUUGGGUGGAUACUAGUGCCUUUUACAUGGAAAUAAAAGACCAUUAUAGUCAUUUAAAAAGAAAAAAAAAGUAACACUGCCAUUUCAGUGGUGAACAGCCUCCAGUGCAUGGUGUCAGAAGGCUUCGAAAAGGCUAAUGUUCCUGGGAAUGGAGCUCCCUUGCCUAGUUUUUGCAGUUCUGGGUCUUAUACAGGAUAUCAACAGCUUAAGAUCAUAAGUUUUUAGGGGAUAAGGGGGGAGGGAGGACGGGUGGUCUUCAUUUAUUGCUUGUCCCUUUCUGCUGCUCCUGUUGCCACAUCUUGAACUUCCUCCUGGCUGUCUGGCCUGGUUUCUUGGGUGGUUUUUUUUCUUUUAUUUUGGUUUUUUUUUGUUUUUGUUUUUGUUUUGUUUGUUCUCUUCUUGAAACUCACCCCUGUGUCCUCCCCCAGCCUUCCCCUCCAGGAAAGUGCUCCUGUUCAAUUUGUCUUUGAGGUUAAGUCACCUUCUCUGGAGUACACUCUGCUCCGAUCUCCUGGGAGUCCCGCUGUGGAUGGUGAUGGUGUUCAGAGUAACUUGUUGGAGCAGCUGACCAAGGCUUAGUAACUUCAAUAUAUUGUGUAAAACUGCUUUUGAAAAAGAAAAAAAACCCCAUAUGCAUGUCAUGUGCAUGAGUAUCAGUAGUUUUAAUAUUCUCGUUGAUGUCCGAUUUACUGUACAUCAUCUAUGGCUGUUUUUAUAUAUAUAUCAUUGUGUAAAUUAAUAUAACACAUCAUAUGCUGUAAUAAACAGUCUGUUUUAAUACUUUUUAAAAGUUUGUUACAUUGGUGCAGACCCAGUCAAUAGUUUUAUGUUGACGUUGUCACUCCUUAGGUAUCGGUGAUGUGACCUGUUAACAUUCCUUGCAUUCAGCUAUGCAGGAAACGGAGCAAGUUUAAAAUGUUGCUGAGGAUGUGACUUGUGCUUUGAGGGAACUGGAUUGUCAUGGCUCCUCUUGUUCUUCCUGUAACUUGCAUUUUUUUUAAGGACAAGGUGAGAUUUAGGAGCUCAGAGGCAUCUUCGGGUUGUUGCUUUUGGGCAGCUCAUGAUGUGGAGCAGAUGGAAAUGUAGUAUUAGUCUUCCCUGCUGUCAGGGUGCUUGCAGACUUUGGUUGGUACAACACAGAGGCAGAUGGUAGGCUUCUGUAACCAAAUAGAUCUGUGUAAUGCAACGGGUGUCCCUCUGGAACAUCCAGUAAAUGAAUCCCCAAGAACUGUGUGCUCUGGGAGCUGGGCUGGGUGGAGGAGAGCAUAGACUUGCUGUCCUUGGUGCUCUCUAGGUGUGGUAGCUGAUUGUGUAACAACCCUGACAAGGUUAUGGAAAGAAAUGACAGUUGUGUCACCCACUGGUCUCUGUCUCAGUUUCUUUCUUUCCGUGGGACUGGAGGUGAGUCUGGCAGCACAGGAGAAAGGAGCUAACUAGACAGCACUGCUUCCCUUCGUGGCAACAACUUUGACAUUGCCUGGGGGGAGGCUGAAGGUUUAUGCCAGGCAUGACCGAUGGAACAGGCCCAGAGGUUGGGCUGGUUUCUGCAGGUUCAUCUGCUGUGGCAUCUGUGAAGCAGUGGCCAUACAACUGGUGUGGAUGCUGUGACUGAUAUGAAUUUCAGGGAUAUAUGUGCAGACUGUCCAUUCUAUAGCAGGAUCUGAGAAGACAUCUUCCUUUGUGGUUCCUCUGUGUCCUUUCUGCUGUCACCCACCUGGAAGGCAGAGCAGUUUUCUUCUCAGGUUUCCUUGCAUUGCAAAUGUAGGAAGGAGAGAUCCACCCAGAAUUAAAUUUCUCUGGGAGCAGCUUCUGAGAAAGUGGAAACACUUUUUCUAAGUGGCAGAUUUUAUUUUUUUUAAUCUGCAGUGUAGUAAAUCCCUACCCAUAAAAUGUCCCUCUCAUUUCCCCCCCUUUUUAAUAGAGGAAUGCCAGUUUCUGUAAGGGAUUUUGAAGUAUGGUCACAAGGUUCUGGGUUCAGUGACCCAGAUAGUCCUUGCACUUCCAUCUCCCGUGAUAACAGGAAAAGCUGUAACUCACCUUAUCUGGUCGUAACUCUUCCAUUGUUUUACACAUGGGAGGGUAGCUUGUUUAUACAUAUAUAUAUACAUGUACAAAAAUUUUAUAUAUUGAUGUAGAAUGAUUUAUCCAGAAAUUAGUGGACAAUGACUGCCACUGCAGAGAGGGAAGAGAAGUAAUGUUUGAUUUUAAACAUGGCAUUACUAAGGUUAAGCAGCAGCUUAAUGCAUUCCCGUUAAUAAUUGAUGGGUGUUAUAUCAAACAGAGGUAAUGUCAAGAAACUUGUCGAAGCUAGUAGUUUCUUUCCUAGAAUAUCUCUUAAUCAUCCCACAUUAUCUCUCUUUGAGUGAGAAAAACACGUGCAAAUCCCUGUAAAUCUCCUCAAAGGUGUAGUAGAAUAGCAGAGAGGAUCUUCAGACGUGCACUCUGCCUCUCUAGCUGUAAAGGAGCCGCUGGUGAGAAGACAAACCAACCAGUGGCUUUGGGAUGAUGAGUUUUUAAUAGCAGUGCUAUAGCAGAUUAUCUUGUACCAGGUAAGGGAGGCUGGUUUUCAAAGUGAGCUGCUGAAUAGUUACUUUUUAGGUAAUUGAUUAAAAAUAGAUGAUAAAAUAACCACCUAAAUAUUGCUAAGACUGUAUCAGCUGCAACAACUGUAUUCUGCAGUACUCUUGCUGAAGAAUAGACAGGGAAAUGGGCUGAUGCUAUCGCCAUCUUAAUUGCAACUGAGUCUUUCCAGUUUGGGGAAGGAAUUUUCCUUUUCUUACAUGAUUGAGGUAAACAUCCAGAAUCCUUUAAAUAGGCCUAGUUUUUUCUCUUUACAUUCCCUCCGCCCUGCCUCCCCUCCCUUCUUUUUUCUUAAUAAAAGGUAUUACAGUGCUGGAAAAGUACUUGAUAUAGUCCCAACACACAACACAUUCUCUUCUCUGGUUCUGAUUUCAGAAACACAUCUAAGUCAGUUUUUGCAACAUCAGGUUGAAAAACAUCUGCUAAUCUUGGAGACCAGUUAAAUAUCUGGCACUUGUUUAAAGCUACCUGGCUUUUUAGCUCCAUAGCCUUGAGUCCUUGCCAGUGCAUUUUUCAUAAUGUUCAUGUUUUAAUUAUCCUCAGUGUUUAUGGUAGUCUUUGGAAGUUUGAAGUGUGAAUGUUUCAUUGCACUGGGACAUAUUUUAAGGUGGGGGCAGCUUGUGGAGGGGACGUUUGGGAUUAGCUGCCCCUGUGCUCCAUAUAUAGCUGAGUGCAGGAAAGUACAGAAGCACAUGCUUAGCAUAAAGAAUAAGAGCAGACCCUUUUUGCUGGGUUCCUUGUGAUUCAGGUUAUAUGGUGUCACUACACACCUCUGAAGUACCAUCUCUCCCACUGCAGGAAUCUGCACCAUGAACACUCUGAAGUGCUGUCACCUGGAAGGGACGAGGGUGUCACUGGGUGGUCUGCCUUCCAGCAGGCUUUUUGGUCUGCCUUCUGCUCCCUAACCCCAGCCACCAGCUGUGGGUCAGCAGAUAAUGAAGCAAGCUGUGUCUUGUGCAUGUGUGGGGUCAGAGAGAGGCCCUGGCAUUGUGCCUAGAUGUCCCAACUAUAUGGGGCCCCUGUUGUGGACCUCACGCUUGUUGUGAGAAAUUCAAUGUGCCAGUGGUGCAAGGGUUUGGACAGCUGGGUCUGAAGCAAAGUGGGAAGGGAGAGUCCCAUAUAUGGAGUGGUCUAAUUCUGAUUCAUCUGUAUUUAUUUCCAGGAGAGGCUCAAAGAGGAGGUGUUUCAGUCUAAUGCCUAGCUCAGUGAGUUGGACUAGGCUAAACAGUCCUUUGAGGGACUUGCCUCAUUUCUUUCAGUACUCUUUAAAUGAUCAAGGCCUGUAUCAGGACUGCCAGUUGCUGAGGUGCUUUAACCAUCUGGCCGAGUCCUGCAAGUGCUUUACUGGGACAAAUGAUAAGCUCCAGUCCUCCAGGUCUGUUUUGACCUUCUGGCACAACCCCUGCUUUCAGAGAGCCUGUAGGUCCCAGCCCUUUGCAGCUUUCCCUGUCCUGUGGCUUCAGAGGGAAUCUGUCCAUCCCUUACAAGUUUUCUAGGUUUAUUCUGGCUUGGGGUUUAUCCUGGAUAAGGUUUGGCAACAGAUUCUCCACGACAGAGUGCUGUGCCUUCACUAAUCCCAAAUCUGUGUUUGUUGGCCCAAAGAAAGUUCAGGCGCUUCUCAGAUGGCAGCCAGCAAAGCCAACCCUGAGGGACCUGCAUCCCUUUCUGCCACAAUGGGCAAUGAAGGCUUUCAUUAGUUGUGAUCACUACUGAGCAAAUGGCUCACCACACCGGGCACGGCUCUCUCUCAGCGUGUGAUUUUUCUUGCAGGACAGGAGGGAACAAGCACAUGAAUAUUUUGAGGAAACAGAAACAUCUAAAGACAUUUUUAAUGACUAACUUCAGCACCUAGUAUGUACAUUUGGAGUAGCCAACAAUAACACAUACAACUGAGCUGCUAGUACAAAAAAUGAGACCAUUCUUAACUCUGCAGUGUCCUGUGCACAGUGCAGAGAGGACGCCGCAAACCAGUGGAGACAGUUCAUAAACCCCAGGUCUAUCUUUCAAACUUGCUUUUCUCCCGAAUUUCUUUGAACUUCCAAGGAAUUUUGUUGAGGCUGCUUGCAUGGCAUGAUAUUUCUUUCUCUAACUAAACAUUAUAGAUGGAGGUCUGUGGUGAGAAAGAAUUGCUCUGGGGUUUAAAAAAUCCCACAAUGCUGGAAUGAGGGAAGACACAUGGAAACAAGUGGGCAAUCCAUUUAAAAGGGAUAAUAGAAAGAUAGAAGGUGUUUUUUACAGCAGGGAAUUAGCUGCCACAGGAAAUAGUGAGGCAGACGUAAUACCAGCAAGUUCAAAGGGGUUAGAGAAGGUAGGGAAGAAUGUGUGCUCUACCAUCCCCAGUCAGUGACUGUGGAUGCUAGGAGUGUAAGGUGAAUGGGGGCUUGCAUGCUCCCCUUAAAGACUCUCUUUUCCUGCAACUGCUGAAGCACCAGUAGCUGGAGGAGAGGCAUCAUCCUGCUGACCCAGCAGACCAUUUCCUAUAUUCCUAUGAUCUUGGCGUAGCUGAUGGGAGUUGUCUAUGCAAUCGAAUUUCCUCUUUAUUAGUCCUUUGUUCUCUCAACUGCUGCUGAAGAAGAGUUUUCCAUUGCUUUGCAAAGAAGUUCACUUUGCACAUUUGGCUGAUGGUGGCAUGCAUUUAUUCAGACUAUGGACGUGUGUUUCUGGUCACUCUUGUCUGAUGGCAAAAUAAUUCCAUCUACCCUUUCACAUGCGCAGUCUGUGCCAUAGUGCUCUGUUAUGGUGAACAUUGUCCCCCUGUAAUGCAAACACUGUUACUAAUAUAUAAUCUGUGUAUUAGUCUACCAUGGGAGUCACUGUUGGGCAGCAAUUUUACAUCCUACAGUUACUUCUAAACUGUAGGAAAACUUGUUGACCUCCUAUACCAAAUGAACCGACCUAGUGACAGAGUGCACCUACUGCACCUUGCCUUGGGACUUCACUGUCCUUGGAGAGUUUUUCUCUCCCUCUGUGUCUACGUUUGUGCUUUUUUUUGGAGCAACAGAGCAGCCUGGAAGCAAAGCCUGUGGUCUUCUCUACUUACUGCAUGUUGGUUUGGACAGCAGAGGAGUUUUGGUGCAUGCUAGCUAGAUGCCUUUGGAAUGCCAACACAAAUUGUCCACUCCAGGGACACAGAAAAUGUGCUUCUACCUGGACAGGUACAUGGGGGUCUGAAACAGUGAUGUCUGCCUAGAAUAGCUUCCUGUCAAAAAAUGUGGACAAGUUUGGUCCAAAUGACGUUGAGGACCAGACAAAAUCUAGGCUGAAGUAAACACUUGAACUGCGUAUAUUGUACUUGUGGGGACCUCAGCCUGGACCUGCUCCCUUUGUGCUGAAUGACUUGUUAAUGUAAACAGUCAUGAAGAGAACCUCUCUUUCAGUUAAUGGCCUUUGUUUCCAUGCUGUAUUCCUUUAAGAUCAAUAAAGUAUAUUAACAUGAAUAACUUGA